AGAAGAAGAUUCCUGCAAUAAGCGGUUUCCGGGUGUUGGUGCCUGUUUGUCUUUUUUUUUUUGUUAGUUUUAUUGUCGGCUGUGUUAAACACGCUCGUUUUUGUUCAGGAUGUUGCUGGUUUUCUCGGAGGAACAUAAAGAGCAUCUGUCUUUUCUGCCGAAGGUUGACGCUACAGUUGUUUCUGAGUUUGGUCGCAUUGCAUUGGAGUUCCUAAAGAGAGGCACCAGCCCAAAGGUGUAUGAGGGAGCUGCCAGAAAGCUCAAUGUUCCUGUGGAGGUGGUGCAGCAUGGAGUGGAAGGCCUGAUGUAUCUGAUGACAGAAAGCUCCAAACACAUGAUUUCAGAAGUGAACUUCCUGGACUCACUGUUGGUUUUAGGGUUUGGGGAUGAGCUGAAUCAGAUCCUUUUACAGCUCUACCUGCAGCAUCGCAACCAGAUCCGUAGCAUCCUGAGUCUGCUGCCAUCCAACCUGCCUGCUUAUCAUAACCUGGAAUGGAGACUGGAUGUACAGUUGGCAAGUCGUUCUGUCCGUCAACAGAUUAUUCCCAUGCUGACUAUGCGGUUGCUGCUAGCCAAAGGCUGUGACCCCCGUAGUGGCCAUAGCAUGCGGGUUGUCCAAACGGAUGCUGCCACUCUCCUGCAUCUCAUCACCACUUUGGAGGCUGCCCUUGCUGCAUUAAAAACGGCAUAUGCUCGCCGCAUCCUGCGCAACAUCAAUUAACCACCGCCGUCCAGGCUCAUAUUUUAGACCAUUUCAACAAGCUAAUUUGGCUCAACAGGCCUCUUGAAUCUUGAUGUUACCAUUUGUAGCCACCGUGUCAUAUUUGUACUAAUCGAAGUGGGAAGCACCGGCUGUUUACUUCUUCAAUGGAAACAUAAGGAAUGUAAAGCCUUAACAGUCAGUCACUGUACCCCAGACUGUGCACGUGUCUCCUGGAGAACACAGAAAUCCAGAUGUGGACAUCUGUGACAUGUCGGUGAACUCUAAAAUGUCAUUUCAGGCCUGAAUAUUCCUGAUAGCAGUUGGACCUCGACGUGAAUAGUCAUUAAAUGAUGAGACUGAGGAUGAUUAACAUGAAACCUGAAUGGUAUUUAACCAGGGGUCUGCUCCUCAGAGCCUUUAACAAAUCAGCUUCUGCUAAACACAAUGAUCACUGUCUCAGUCGUUAAUGAAAUACAACUGUGUUGUACACGUGAUUAUAGAGGACUGAAUCUCUCAAAGUACUGAGACAGGAUUAAAA